AUGAAUUAAAUACAAAUAGAUGCAUUAAGUGAACUCACCAUCAAUCUAUUGAAUGUACAUCAAAUAUCAAUAUUAGACUCUAAGAUUAGAACUCAGACCAGAAGUGACUACGGUUGAGUCAUUCCGUAACCUCAUCCUAUUAUUUCAAGGAACUGAAGAGUGGGUCCAAAUUAAUAGUGUAUAUUUAUUACCUAUGAAAGACAGCUCCAUGGAGUAGAUUAGUUUAACAGUUGCUAAAGCCUAAGAGAUUGAUCAAGCUCAUCUAAAACCAUUAUCAGUAUGAUCUAUCCUAGAAUCUGUACCUCCUAAAUUAUGAAAUACUGGAUGCUCACCCUCAAAAUGAGAUUGAAGAAACACUCAAUAGAAUUGUUUGUGCCUUAAUUAGUUACCAUUACUAAGUUACGAUCCCUGAUCCUCCUUAAGUUAGUUAAGUGAGUAGAACAACGCAAGAGAAUUCAGAAUCUUCAUUAAUUAUCCCAGAAUAGACACGAGGCAAUCAUCUCACGACUAGCUCUUCCAUAUCUACAAUGAUCCCACUUGAGUUUCAGAAUGAAUAAUACGCAGAAUCCCAAAAUACGAGAAGAGCGAAAUUAAUUCUUGACAAACUAACACAUCAAAUUAAUAAUAGUGUUGUAGGACAUUACAAUAAGUUAUUUCAAUAUUGA